GUUUAAAAUGAGCUUGAAAUAUUACAACAAAGCAACCUUAUCAUUUACAGUUGGAUUCACUUGUGUUUAAUUAAUAUUUACGAAAGCAAGGCGUCGAAUUCAAAAAUACCGACCGCCACAUAGCGUCUUUCGAUACCAGCGCGUCAACAGGGAAACAUUUAAACUUCGCUGGGCACUUGGCAUUAUAAAUUAAAUUAAAGAAAGGCGCUUUGAGUUUACUUGUAACGUUUACACUGGAUACGUCCCCGUUUUGUGCACCAAGGACGCUACGCUGGCACACACGCACGCACACAAACAACAAAACAGGCUAAAGAAUGUCUGGUCUAAACAAAUUUCAAGACAGCGAGGCUUGGCGUCAGAAACUGCGUGAUCACCUUCUGGCCGAUCGAGCACCACCUCAAAAGUUAACAAACAUGGAAUCUAAGGAACAGCGCUACAGCCUGGACAUUGAUGACGAUCUGAAGAAAUUGCUGGAGGCCAGGAAGAAAAAGCAGGAGCAGAAGCAGACGCAGAAUCAGGCGGAAGCUGAAGCCACGUUCAAUAUGUGUGAAGAUACCAUGUACGAAUCCAUGGCCACUGCACAAGCUGAAGGUCAUGGGGAUGAGAGUUUCGAUGUCUUUGAGCGCAUGUGUGAUAAGACGGUAUCCGAUCCUGAUAGCACCUUGUUUCAGUACAUGCACAGUGAGGAUAAAAGUCAUAUGCUAGCCAUGGCCAAGGAGAAUAGUGGCAUUCGUGAUCUCAGCGGGGAAGACUCUUCACAGAAGGAGAUUGAGUUCUUGCGUCGCAUGUUGGAACAGAUCGGCGCUGAGGAUCACUUGGAAAACGAGAGUCCGCUCAAGGGUGUGGAAUGCACACAGCUUGAGGAUGUUGAGGCGCCCUCACGUUUUUGGGAUAACGACCAGACGCUGGCCGGCAGUGAGGACUCCAAUCCAGAGCCGAGGGCCAAGAAGAAUUUCUCGCCCGUUAAGAUGGUGGGUCUGCUGCGUCCCUCCACCAUAAUCGAGGCCAAUGAGCUGGAAUCGGAUGUGUCGUCAAACACGAGCAGCUUCCAGAGUGCCCAAACACUGAAGACAAAUGCUUCGAGUAGCUAUGAAACGGCCACAGAGUCUAGUGCCAUUGAUGGAACCCUUCUGAACGUCGAUGAUCUUUUUUAUGCGGCAAUUGAGAAAGCCAAGCCGCUAAACAUGUCCAAGGAAGAGGAGCUGGAGCUGCUGGGUGAUUUGCACUCCAGCCUAAUAGAGCUGGCGUCACCCUCCAAAAGUGAUGAAGAUUCUGAUGAUGUUGAGAAUACAAUAAUUGAAUUAUCGUCCGACGAGGAGGAGCACGCUUCAAGCGAUAAGGCCACUACUUUUGAUAUUAAGGAAGAGGCAUGCACGGAUGAGGCAGGCGAGAACAAGGAGAACUCCUUGCAUUUCAAUGAUACCAUCGAGGAAAUGCAGUACAUGAUGCAAAAGGGCAUGGAGUACAUGGCUGCCGCUGCUCCAGUUCCAGUUUCAGCUCCAGUAGCCACCGUUGCCAAGCCCAAGAGUCCACUGCUACAAAAACAGAACACAUUUGUUAUGUCGCCCAAGCGUAUGCCCAAGUCUGCUGCCGCCGAAUUUCUGCAACCCACUUUGCCUCUGCGAGCCAGCAACAAGCCGCAAAAUGUGAAGCAGUCGCCGAGCAAAAGCAAAAUCCCGUCUCGCUAUGACAUUAAUAUGGAUCUGCCAAAGACCACGUUCUUUGGCACACCUUCGGGCAUUCCGCAGCGUCGUCAGCGGCAAAUCAAGCAGCCCUAUGGCGACAUUAUCAGUCCCAUUCGCACCUACACGCACAUGUCCGGCACGGCUCCGCUGAUGAGUACCUUCCGUCAGACCAGCACAGAUGUCUAUAGCACUUUGGCCAUCAGUGAACUGGAGCAGGAAUCCCGUUUGUGCCACCGAAUGCCGCCAGCCACCGCUGCCACUUCGGUGGGAAGCAGCCAAAAACUGGACAUCGACUCCACAGCUCGAGUGCUGCCCAAAAAGGCGUACAUAUCUUCAGAGCUGCAGCACGUGAUCGAUGAACGCACUCCCAUACCGAUGCCGAGUGUGCAGAAAAUACAAAAGUAUUUGAAUACGGCCGUGGAGCCCAAAGUCUUUCGUCACGAUGGUAAAAUGAAGAUGCCUGGUGAUGCUGCCGCCGUAUCGCACAUUCCACGCCGUGCCAAUCAAAGCUUGGCCGAUCUGUCGCUCGCCUCCGGCGACAUCUCCAUGUACACCCUUCGCGAUGCUCAGAAAUUUUCGAGCAAAUAAGCAAUUCCUGAACGUUGCAUCAAAAAUAAAUGUAUUGUAUAACUAUUUCUAGUAAAUGCCAUCGUUUGCCGUUUCUGGA